CAGUCAGUUGCGCUUCACGUCCAGGCAAAUUCUACUUGAUGCUCGUUUGGCGAGACGUUUUCAUUUGAUUACUGGUUCAUUAUACCUGAUGUUAAGAGUAGCUCAUUUAGUGCAUCGAAGACCUUAAUUGAGCGGGAGCCUGCGUCACGUGCUAUGUACCUUGGUGUAUUCUGGUACCUACUUAUAUGUUGCGCAUGCGUAACUGCCAUGCCGCACUGGAUCGAAAUGUCAUACAAGUAUGACAAUACAACAAUCGUCUGGCCUGGUGGCACAAGGUUCACUCAUAAACUCGUGUUCGAGGGACAAAAACCUUUGUUCUAUUACAGCUCCUAUGAUAUUAGUUCCUCGGAGCACUGCGGGACACACCUUGACUCCCCGAUACACUUCUCUGCCGGGAAAUGGACCACUGACCAAAUACCGCUGGAUACACUGAUCGGUGACGCUAUCGUUGUCAAUAUAACGGAUAAAGCAUCGAAAGACCCCGAUGCACAGUGCACAGUGGAUGAUCUCAAAAACUGGGAAAAGAAGAAUGGUCGUAUACCCGACAAUAUAAUACUAUUGUUGUUGACGGGUUGGGGCAAGUAUUGGCCUGAUCAGAAGAACUACCUUGGGACUGACACUGGUAACACGAGCCUGUUCCAUUUCCCUGGACUGCAUGGCGACGCGGCAARGUGGCUAGUUGCAGAAAGGAAAAUCAAGCUUUUUGGUAUUGAUACAGCAUCAAUCGACUAUGGUCAGUCGACUGAUUUUAUCACUCACCAAAUCUUAUUCAAAGAAAAUAUCCCCGCUCUCGAAAAUGUUGCACACUUAGAGAAGCUUCCAGCCAAAGGCGCACGAGUGUAUGCAGCCCCACAGUUUAUCAAGGGUGGUAGUGGUGGGCCGUGUAGAGUGUUUGCUGAGCUAACUAAAGAUGUGACAAGUUCAUCCAUUGCUAGAUCAGCUCGUGAGCUUCUAUUGAUCCCUUUGGUGAUCUCUUUAUACAAGCUCAUUUUCUCAUGACUUACAGUUAAUACCAUAGACCUUCUCUGAAAUAGAAUUGUGCAUUGCAUUGUGGUCUAGAUUCAGUACAAUCUUUUGUUUAUGCUUACAAAGGUGGUGGUGUUUUUACUGAAGCUAGACUACAAUGCAUCAAUCACUUUAUAUUUCAGAAAAGGUCUCUCAACAUAAUUCAGUUGUAAAGACAACUAACAACAACGUCAUUUUCAUAUAUCACAUUUUAUCAUAGAAUAUUCAGCAACAGAUUGGAAAGUUUCUUUACAAUGCCAAUAACAUUUGAAUUACUCUUUAUCUUGAGGUUUAAAUUGAAUUUUAGAAUCAUUUUUGUACAAACGAGGUUGUUGUUGUCUUUGUUUCUCUACAAGUGAACAACGUUAAUGUGAUCGAUAUUAUGACUGAUAACUCGUUACAAGUAAUCCAAAAUUAAUGGUGGUAUAAUUUCGUUGCACUCACUCGUCAGCGGUAACUAUUUAACAGUAUACCGAUAUUUCAGACAAGACAUUCCAAGACCGAAAUGCAUUGUGGGUUGCGCUAUAGAAGUUCAAAAGGUGUUUACAUAGUUUCAGAGUAACUAGACUAUGCCAUCUCCGUACUAAGCUGACGCCUGAUACUCAGGUUAGCUCCGUACAGUCAAGAACUUCAAUGAAAAGCCGACAGUCUUUAUAAUCACUCAGGGCUCCCAUUGAUAGCAGGCAUAAUGGAUUAAUCUAUCUAUCUAUGCCAUGUUUUGACGCAGCUAACGUGGGGUUUAAUAGCAACAUGAAUGCUGACAAUGUCUCACUGUGCUUGGAAUGUGACUAAGGCCCGUAGCAGUAUUCAACGUUUUCCAUAUAAAGAAAUAGUGUUGCCAGGUACUGCUUGAAGUUUAGAAUAUGAAAAUUUGUCUGAGGUUUCGUCGUCUACAGCAUCGUCAGAGACAAGUGAAUCUAUGUUACAUAUGAACAAAAGCGACUAUGGCAAUUGAAAAACAAUACCAUAAAUCAAAAGAAUAAGUAAUUGGUUCCAGGUAUUCCUCACGGAAAUGGAGGUUAGGUUAGUGUGAUUUAUUGUAAAGCGCCUGUAAACGCCUAAAGAUGACUGCAUCAGGAUUUUAAUGAUGGUAGAAAACGUCAAGCAGUACCUGGCUACACAAGUAGUAUUUCUUCGUAUGCUCACCAUGCUGCUAAAGGAGAACUUUCAACGAUUUUAAUUCCUGAGAUACUUAAUCAGUGAUACUUUCCUUUAUUCAAAUGAUAAAAGUAAUGCAUACUUCAUGUAUAUGUUUUUGAAAAGCUUCUCUAAGAAAUAUCAGGAUACUUCA